AAUUUAUUUUCUUGUCAAACCGAUAUCGCAUAAAAGCAUAAAAUCUCGCGUCUUCGUUCAGGUCAUAUCUGGUGUGACAACGGCCAUGCCAGCAAUAGCAGCGCUUAUAUCUCGCGUUCUUCUUCGUAGUCGGCCAUAGACUCUCUUAUUUGCCACACCUCUCCGUCCAUGCCCGCGGAGAGUCGCGAUGGUGACCCUGUUGGAGCGCGUGGGGUGGUUCGCCAUCUACGGCACCACUGUCCAGGCGGUGCUGCUGCUGCUGUUCAUGGCCUUCGUGCAGUACAGCAACGUCCCAGGAAGAACACUUACCAACCACACGGGAGCCACGGAUGCCACCAGUGAGGCAGGGCUCAACGUGUACCCGAGUAAGCAUACCCUCCUCCAUCCCACCCCGCCAGUGCUUGGGGACAUACAGGUGAUGAUCCUGGUCGGGUUCGGCUUCCUGAUGACCUUCCUGCGUCGCUACGGCCACUCCGCCCUGGGCCUCACGCUACUCCUUACCUCGCUCGCCCUGCAGAUCAGCCUCCUCUUGGAAGGCGUCUCCAGCACCACCGCCACCGGAACCAUCACCAUAACUAUACAUAGUUUACUGAAUGGUAACUUCGCCAGCGCCGCCUGUCUCAUCUCCCUGGGCGCCGUGUUGGGUCGGACCUCUCCGACGCAGCUGCUGUUCCUCGUGCUGCUGGAGGUGCCCGUGUACACCCUCAACGCCCACCUUUGCCUCAACGUGCUGGGUAUUGUGGACCAUGGCGGUUCUAUUGUAAUCCACAUGUUCGGCGCCUUCUUCGGGUUGGGCUUCUCCAAGUUCGUGACGCGCAGUAUGAUUCUGAUGCCGCACCCAAAGGCGUCCUCCACAGCCACCUCCGACACCUUCUCCAUGAUCGGCACUCUAUUCCUGUGGGUGUACUGGCCUUCCUUCAACGCCGUUCUGGUGGAGGGGGCUGCGGCGCGGAACAGGGCAGUUUUAAACACCUACCUGGCCCUGCUCGGCUCCACCUUCUGUACCUUCGUCUUCUCCUCCUGGGUGCACGUGAGAGGCAAGUGGACGAUGACCCACGUACAGAACGCCACACUAGCAGGGGGCGUGGGCGUUGGGGCGGUGGCGGGGCUCAUCCUGUACCCGUGGGGAGCGCUACUGUUGGGGUGCAGCGCGGGAAUGCUCUCCACCCUCAGCUACAUCUACCUACAGGCAAGUCUCUUCUCGCGCACUUUUCUUUUGGCUGUUUCUCUGGAUCGUGGGAGGGCAGUGAGUGAAGUGAUGAUUGGUGCCGUGUGUUGGCAGAGGCUGCUGGAGAUCAAGCUGGGCCUGCAGGACACGUGUGGUGUGCUGCACCUCCACGGCCUACCGGGAGUGUUCUCAGCCUGUGUCUCCAUCGGCGCGGCGCUUUUCGCCUCCCUCACCACCUUCGGCGACGAACUCUUCCAGCAGUACCCGCUCAUGGCGCCCACCAACACCUCCACCCUGGCCGAACUGGAACCCCCCGUGGUGGUGGCGCCGGGUGAAGGGCGGUCCGCUGUGCACCAGGCCUUGUUCCAGCUGCUGGCCACGGGCGUCACGCUACUGCUGGCUGUGGUGGCUGGAGCGGUGUCUGGUUUUGCAGUGACGUUCCCUUCGUGUCAGCGCCUCGCCCGUCCCCAGCAAUACAACGACGCCUUGUGGUGGGAGGAAGGGGACGAGGAGGAGAGUGAGAUCCCUACCAUUGCCCCUGCCCUGGACGUGGACUUCCCUAAGCUGUUCAGCGUACAAGUGGCUCACGGAGAGACUGGGCGGCGGCCGAGCAAUGUGAGGAAUGGAAUGUGAUGAGGCGAGGGAGGCGGCGU